GACAGUUUCCCUGACACUCCGUGUCCUUCUUCAUCAGAGGAAGAAGAUGAGGUGGUCGCGAGUGUCAUGACUGUCUUACACUCGGAGCCCUCCACCUCAACCAAGGCAGCAUGGGCAGCUUCUGCACAGACCUUGGAAGAAGAGGUUGAGGGAGCUGAUAUCUCUGAGGUGAGUAUCGGCUCCCUGACCCCCACUGAGGCCAGGMAGGACCUCCUGGAGAAGAUUCCCUCUCUCAUGCCGGGUGAGAUCCUCAUCGAAGAGGACAUCCCCCUUCUCAGCACUCCCAGGGACACCGUUAUGAGCCCCCAGACCCUGAAGCUCAUCCUCCAGGGCAUCAUGCGCCGACUGGAGGCCUCAGAGUCCCCCCAGGCCAGGAGGGCCAAUGACCCCUUCAGGCUGAUGAAGAAUCUCUUUUUGGAGGUCCAGCAUGCCCUUAAGUAUGCUGACAUCUCUGUCCUCUUCAGCCUGGAGGAGAGCAUUCAAUUCAGGGGGGAAGAUGCAAUGAAGGCCAUCGUGAAGGCUGCGGCUAAAAGGUUGUCCCUGCGCUCGGACUCCAACCGGGCUCAACUGCGCGCCGUACGCUAUGGUGGCGAGGGAGCCAUCUAUUGCAUGGCAGACACCAUCGCGAUUGUCAUAGAGGACCACGCCCAGGACUGGAGUUCUGAUGGCCAUUUUGGAGCGAGUAGGAGUCGUGGUAGUGGGAGGUCACGCUCCUCCUCAAGCUCCUCAAAGAGUGACAUCACCCUCACAGAGGAACUCUUGGCCCAGGGGGAAAGCCUGGAAGAGGACCAAGAGGAUGUGGCUGCGAUCGACGACAACAAGAAAUGUGACUCUGCUAGCUUGGAGAAGGCCAGCAGCAGCUCUCUCUCCACAGACCUUGUGGACAGCACCCCCACACRGACAGGGAAGGACGAGGCAGUGAAGGAAGGAGUGAGGAAGUCAGGAGAGGGGAAGCAUGGUUGCAAGAAGACCCUGAAGAAGAACAAGGUGGCUCCCCUUGGCACUGAUGAUACCGUGGCUGAUGAGCCGGAAAAAAAUCAGUCUUUCCUCCUGCGGAUUACAGCUGCCCUGGCAAAAUUAUUUUGCAUCCCUUGCAAAAAGAGAAGCGGUAAAAAGUUCAAGCCAUGAAUAUUCCCCCAAUAACCCGGC